UUUGUCUGAUUCAUUGAUCUUUAACAGGUUUCAUGUUGUUGUUAACAGCUGCCCCUUUCAAAAAUGUACAAUGGUAACUAUAGUAUCAAACAAAAAUACGCUAGUUGCUACAGUGUUUGUUGUAAAACCAUAAUGAAGUUAUAUUGCAUCUCUUUAAAGCAUUGUUCUGUAAGAAGCUUUCCGAAUGUUUCUGUCAUCUAUUAAGUCAGUGUUGGCUAAUACCAAAACUAAUUACCAAAGUUAUAUUGUUGAAGCCUAACAAUUACUGUUAUUACUGAUAUUUGUUCAGAGACUGUGGUUACUACGGCGAUUUUGUUUUAAAGGGGCUGGGUCUUUAAGUUUUUAAAAACCCUAGUUUAACACACAUGUAGCCUAUCAAGUUCGUAAAAAAAAAAAAAAAAUCUGUUCAUGUUGGUUUCAUACAUUUUUGAAAAAACAAUUAUAGCAUUUUCUACAAAAAACAAAAACAAAAAAAAACAAUUGUUUAAUGAUUUAAAAAGUGUAAAAGGUGUAACCAUCAAUUAAAUGCCAUUAAAAUGCUUUCCUUGCUCCUUGAAUAUAUGUGAAUGUACACAGCUUAAACAUUAAAGGAAUAUUCCGGGUUCAAUGCAAGUUAAGCUCAAUCGACAGCAUUUGUGGCAUAGUGUUGAUUACCACAAAAAUUAAUUUUGACUCCUUUUCUUUAAAAAAAGCAAAAAUUUGGGUUCCAGUGAGACACUUACAAUCAAAGUGAAUGGGGCUGGAACGUAAACGUUAAAAUACUCGCUGUUUCAAAAGUAUAGCCAAAAGACAUAAACAAAAUAUGUGUUAACAUGAUUUAAUUGUGAUAAAAUCACUUACUAACCUUUUCUGAAGUUACAGCCAAUUUUCAACUUUGUUGCCAUGAUGAUGUAAUGUCAACAAACCCUAAAAUGAUGAUUUAAACAACUUUACAGCUGUGUUUUAACAGAAAAGUGCUUUUAUAAAAUUAUAAGCUUCACAUUUUGGCAUUUAAACCCUCCAACAAUUGGCCCCAUUCAACUUAAUUGUAAGUGCCUCACUGUAACCUCGAUUUUUGGGGGAUGACUCAAAAUUAUUUUUGUUUUAUAGAUUAUUUUUAUUUUUUACAAAAUGGCUACCUGCAUGUUAGUCACACCACCUGACUUUGAUUUGAACAAAGGUUUUUCAAAUAUUAGUAAUAAUUUAAAACAAAAUUGUUUCACUGUGAGGCCUAUACCAUAUGUUGCAGGACUCCUUGUUCUACUUCUAUCUGCAAAAGGAAUGUUUGGAAAUCUAAAAUUUAUAUUUCCUAUUGACACACUAAAGGAGAAGAUAUAAAAUAAUUGCUUAAGACAUAUGUUUUUGUGAAACAUCUAAUGUGAUAUCUAAAGACUUUUCAUUGCACUUCAGGUUAAAAAUACUGAAUAGAUCCAAUAAAUAAAUAAAUUGUGUUUAUUUACCACUUAAUCAAGCACAUUGUGUGUUAAAGAUUCCAAUUUUAUGACACUGGUGUUUUUGCACUUUCUGUGUGUACCUCACUGUGCCAAGGUUUACUCGUGUGGAUGCUUUUAAAGUAGAUAUUCUUCUCCAUUGCAGAAUUAGUUCUACUUUACAGAAGGAAGAUGGGUCCGAAGGGGUUUUUACCAAUUCUGCAUUGUGUUGCUUCUCUCUCUCCUAUACACACCACAACAGCAUUAAGACAUUCCCUUUGUAAGCCUGCUGUAAAACAGUGCUGUGCCUCCCUCUGCACCCUCCAACAGAGAAGAGGUGUUUCUGUAGAGGCUGCCACAAGCCAUCAUGUUUCAGACUUGACUGACAGGGAGAAAAAACUACUGAACAAGCUUUAUGAUGGACUUAUCGGGGGCCAAAGAGCAGCUCUUGCUGAGUCUAUAACCCUUGUAGAAACCCAGCAUCCCAGGAAGAAGGAGUUAGCCCAGGUUCUGCUUCAAAGAGUGCUGGCCAUCCGUCAGGAGCAGGAGAGAAGAAAUGGUGGAAAACCAGUGGCCUUCAGAGUGGGACUGUCUGGUCCCCCUGGUGCCGGAAAGUCUUCAUUCAUUGAGGUCGUUGGGAAAAUGCUGACAGGACGAGGGCAUAAAGUGUCUGUACUGGCUGUGGAUCCUUCCUCAUGCACAACUGGAGGUUCACUGAUGGGGGACAAAACACGAAUGACAGAGCUCUCUAGGGACAUGAAUGCUUACAUCAGACCAUCUCCAACCUCAGGAACCCUCGGUGGUGUGACGAGAACCACCAAUGAAGCCAUAGUCCUCUGUGAGGGUGCAGGCUAUGACAUUGUGUUAGUUGAAACCGUGGGUGUUGGUCAGUCUGAGUUUGCUGUGGCUGACAUGGUGGAUAUGUUUGUGCUGCUGAUUCCACCAGCAGGGGGUGAUGAACUACAGGGAAUCAAAAGAGGCAUUAUUGAGAUGGCAGACCUGGUUGUAGUUACAAAAUCCGAUGGCGAUUUGGUUGUUCCAGCGCGGAGGAUUCAGGCAGAGUAUACAAGUGCCCUAAAGUUGCUUCGAAAGAAGUCCAACAUCUGGAAACCAAAGGUGGUUCGCUUAUCCUCUCAGACGGGACAGGGUGUGCCUGAGCUGUGGGAUACCAUGCUACAGUUCCGGGAUGUGAUGCUGAGCAGUGGGGAGCUCCAAGCCCGACGGCAAGCUCAGCAGAAGGUGUGGUUAUGGAAUCUGAUCCAGGAGAAUUCUGUACGUCACUUCCAGGAGCAUCCAGCUGUGCGUUCUGCACUCCCGGAGCUGGAACGACGGGUCACGUGUGGUGAUAUCUCACCUGGCCUUGCUGCUGACCUCCUCCUUAAAGCCUUCACCACUCAGUGAUGGAAACCGUUCCAUGGAGGGCUUAAAAACAUUAGGAAGAUUGAGUCUUAUCAGCUUUGAUUUCUUAUUAUUGUAUCUUAUCUGAUUUUAACAGAUUUUAAAAGCUUUAAUGGCAUUUAAUAGUCAUUAUAGGUGACAUAACUGUUGUAUAUUGUUGUUGUAUUAUUUUGCAAAGUGAGUGAAACUGUAUUAAAAGAAAAGGAACUGAAUAUCACACCUUGUGACCUUUGUAAAAAUGCAGUUAAUCACACAACAAUCAAAUGCAUAAUUAUUGCCUGUAAAUGCUUGUUUAAUAUCUAUAAUAAGAUGAUUUUUAGAUAAAAGAUUUACUGUAAAUUAACUUCUACCUUUCCUUUAUUUUCCUAUAUUUGUGUGUAUCUUCAACUUUGGGCACUUUUAGCACUAUGCACUUAUAGAAAGUACAGCCUUGUUAAAACAUUUUUCACACUUUCAAUUUUUAUAGGAGAUACAGUGCAUCCGGAAAGUAUUCACAGCGCUUCACUUUUUCCACAUUUUGUUAUGUUACAGCCUUAUUCCAGAAUGGAUUAAAUUCAUUAUUUUCCUCAAAAUUCUACAA